CUAGGGCUGGGACAACGCGUCGACGUAAUCGAUUACGUCGACGCGUAAAAUACGUCGACGUAAAAAAAUCUGCGUCGAUGCGUCGUCAUUUUCAAAACAGACAUGGCGGCAGCGAGUAGCGGCAACAUGAGUGAGGCAGUCGCGGUCGACUUAAACCACUCCACCCGAACACGCAGUUCUACAGUAUGGGGAUAUUUUAACCGAAAAGGAAGUGAUUCAGUCGUUUGCCGGCUUUGUAAGGUGGAAAUGGCCUAUCAUAAAAGCACGACGGCUAUGCACCAGCACCUCAAACGACGGCAUCCAGGAGCAGCUUCUGAAAAGGACAAACCACCGAACAAACAGAAAAGUGUGGAGGACUACUGUCAGAGAAGAAGUACACCAUGCACCCCCCAGGAGGUGGCUGUACUUACCGAGAGCGUCUUAUCUAUGAUUUUAAAAGACAUGAGACCACUUGCUGUGGUUGAGGGUGAGGGAUUCAAAGAAAUGCUGACCACUUUCCAACCAGGUUACACUCUGCCGUCUAGGCGUCAUUUUACAAGCAUGAUGGAGACAAAGUAUGAAACGUCAGUGGAGAAACUAAGGAAUGAACUAAAAAAGGCCACAUCCAAAAUCUCCCUUACCACUGAUGCUUGGACAAGUCUGGUCACAGAGUCCUACUUAGGGGUAACUUGUCAUUUCAUUAAUGACAAUUGGGAUCUUCUCUCCUUCAAUUUAGCAACACUGCCAGUUGAAGAGCGCCACACUGCAGAAAACCUUGCUGCCUGGGUGGAGAAGGUGGCAGAAAAAUUCCACAUUUCCUUGCAUAAUGUCCUUGCCAUUGUGCAUGAUAAUGCAAGUAACAUAGUCGCAGCUCUCCACAUCCUGAAGGAGAAGUUUGGAGUGGUGUCCUAUCGGUGUGCCGGGCAUACACUGCAACUGGUUGUAAACCAUGCACUGAAAGACCCCAAGAUUGAUAAGGCACUAUCGGCUGCACGGGGCCUUGUAAAGCACAUCAGGAAAAGUGAGCCAGCUAGCACCAAACUUAAGCAGAAGCAAAAACAGAUGGGUACAGCUGAGCAUAAACUAAUCCAGGAUGUCGCUGUCAGAUGGAACAGUUCAUACUACAUGAUUGAACGUCUGUUGGAACAGAGAUGGCCGGUGGUUGCGACACUUUCAGAUCCAGAAGUCACACAGCGUGGGAAACAGUACCUGGACCUGAAAAAUGAUCAGUGGAUUCUUCUGGAUGAAUUGAAGGAGGUGCUCAAGCCUUAUGAGCAAGCCACUAAUGUUCUCAGUGGACAGUCUUAUGUCACAGUCUCUGUUCUUCCCCCCCUGCUGAAAGGUCUCCUGAAAUCCACCCAAAACAAAUCAUUUGAUUCUGCUGCAGUGAACUCUUUCCAGAACUGUGCAGAAGAGGAAAUCUUGUCUAGGUGGCAGCCAGAAGUAUCUGCAUUUCAAGCAGAUGGGAAAAAUGUGUCACUCAUUGCUGCUGCCCUCGAUCCACGUUUUCGUAAACUGAAAUUCCUUUCUCCAGAAGAUGCUUUGAAACUGCAAGUAAGAGUACAGAGGGAGGCACUUGAUCUCAAAAGGGAGCAGAGAUCACAGCUACAGCAGCAACAUGUGGGACAGGAAGCCUCAGCAAGUCCCCCAACAAAGAAGAGGUCUGUGUUGGACACUUUGUUGGGUACAGAUUCUGAGGAGGAAGAUUGUAAUGAAAACACUGACCAGGGUGGGGAUGGAGAAAAUGAGGCGGUCAGGAAAGAAGUACUGUUGUAUUUUGGGGAAGCCCCUAUUCCAAGGGAUAAUGACCCCCUUACAUGGUGGAAGAAUAAUGCAACAAGAUUCCCCACACUGGCUAAUUUAGCCAAAUCAUAUCUGGCUGUACCUGCCACAUCAACACCAUCUGAAAGGCUUUUUUCAGUUGCUGGAAACAUUGUCACCAAAAAAAGGGCAAGCCUGACUGCUGAGCAUGUAGAAAUGCUAACAUUCCUCCACUCCAAUGCAUAACUACUUCAUGUGAUGAAGGUCAUUGAACACACACACACAGAAAUAGAAGAGAAGGCAGCAAAAUGGAUAUUUUGUUAAUGAAGAGCACUUUUUUUGCAGAGAGCAAAGAGAAUGUUAUGUUUUAUUUGUUCAAAGACGCCAUUGCUGCUGUUUAUAUUUUAUUAAUGUUUUGCAAUGAUUUCCUUUAUUCAUAUUUGUUUUGCACAACAUUUAAUUUUUUGUUAAAAACAGAACAGAAGAUUGUACUACAAUUUUAUUGUGGAUUUUGUUUUUAUUAAAUCUCCAAUCCAUAACUACUUCAUAUAAUUAACAUGAUUGAUGAUUGAACUCGCACACACAGAAAUGUGAGAAACAGGAACAAAAUGGAUUUUGUUUUGUGAAUGAAGAGCACUUUUUGCAGAAAGCAAAGUGAAUGUUACAUUUUGUUUGUUUAAGGACACAAUUGUUGCUAUUUAUUUUAAAUGUUUUGUUAACUUUUCCUUAAUUUUAUAUAUGUUUGCACAUUUCAUUUCUUGUUAAAUGCUAUCUCUAAUAUAAGAUGGUACGACUACGACGACUUUAUUUUGCAAUUUUGUUCAGUAAAAGGUCUUCAAAUUAAGAAAUUUGUGUUUUUCAUUGAUAUACAUAAAUUAGUAAAUGUGAAAUUGCUAUACAAGUCAAAUAAUGGGGAAAUAAUCGAUAAUCGAAUCAAAUCGAAAUCGAAUCGGAUUGAAAAAUUAAUCGUUAGAUUCAUCGAUGCAUCGAAAAAUUAAUCGCUAGAUUCAUCGAUUAGGAAAAUAAUCGUUUUGCCCAGCCCUAAU